ACAACAACGAUGAACAUCAGCAGAAGCUACAAUAAAGAGAAUUGGCUGCCUACGCCAGAACCAAGUAGUGAUAAUGACAAAUAUGCCGCUGGAUUGCAGAAACCGGCAUUGCCUGCACUCCCUCCGCGGCCUGCACUUCCUAAAGUGGCACACAUGAAUCAUGCAAUUGCAACAAAUCCAACCAUUUUUGCUACGCCACCGCCUUCUUCACCUUUGAGGUCGCAAUCACCGGCAGAAUUGGCCUCAUCGCCGCCAGCGAAAACAUUCGCAACACUCGCUAGAGAGGAAUCAAAUGAGAGUGUUGAAAGUGCACACACCACCGAUUUAUUCGCAUCACCUACGCGUACUUUAGUUUUAGGCAGAGGAAGAAAGAAUUGGACAAACGCACAGAAAAGAUUAGAAAUACCCCUUAGUCCAAAAAUCGAUAGAAUUCGUCAUUACGUAUUUCCAAGCUCUUUUUCCCAUAUCUCUCGGACGCAUUUAUCGAUCUAUCCGAAUGUCAAACAAAAUUCUUUCAAUAUUCGCAUUCUUGGACAGAAUGGAAUAAAGUUAAAUGGCAGACAUUUUAGCAAAGGUACGCGACUACGGGUAAGCAAGAAUAAAGAUGAUGGAUUGGCGAUUAGUUGUUUGAUGCCUCACAAAUUGGCCAAGAAACCGCGGUAUAAACUUGUCAUGAAGAGUCGCGCGAAGCAAGUCAACCUUACGAUUGGUGAUACAAAGCUGGCGCUUCAUUGGAGUGAUCUUGUUCAUCACAAAUCCAUUUUGAGCGAUUGCGAAAGUGAUGAAAGUGAGACAGAGAUGCCAACCACGCCAUCAAAGAGAAAGAGAAGGAGUACACCAAGCGACAUCACCGAGGAAGUUUCACAGGAACACCUCGGACUUAUUGCCCAAACGUUAGCUCUCAACGUUCCAACAUCACUCACGCCAAUUAAAGAAAUUGCUUCAUGUCUGCUCAAUUGCAACCCUUCCCUUGAGAAAGAAGCAAGCCUCGAAGAGUGGGAAGAUAUCGUACAGCGUACACUCCUUAAUGCUCCUGGACAGAUGUUUGGCUGUGUCGAACGAUCGGGCAGAGACGCUGCCAACAGACCAUUACCAAAUUUGUAUUAUUACCAACCUUCAAAUGAUCCAGAUAGGAUACGUGCACAGUCACUUGCACCACUCACACGUGUACCUCGUCAAGCAUCCAGAGCUGGUCAGGCUAAGCAAGUAUUCUGGAAACCUGUAUCUAUUCGCCCAAAAAAGAAGUGGUAAUUUAAGUUCUGUAAAAU